UCUAGCGGCGACUUCCGGCGGAAACGAGUGAGGAAGAUGGCUACCACCAAGCGUGUGUUGUACGUGGGUGGGCUGGCAGAAGAGGUGGACGACAAGGUUCUUCAUGCUGCUUUCAUCCCAUUUGGAGACAUCACAGAUAUUCAGAUUCCUCUGGACUAUGAAACAGAAAAGCACCGAGGAUUUGCUUUUGUUGAAUUUGAGUUGGCAGAGGAUGCUGCAGCAGCUAUCGACAACAUGAAUGAAUCUGAGCUCUUUGGACGGACAAUCCGUGUCAAUUUGGCCAAACCCAUGAGAAUUAAAGAGGGCUCUUCCAGACCAGUUUGGUCAGAUGAUGACUGGUUGAAGAAGUUUUCUGGGAAGACUCUUGAAGAGAAUAAAGAAGAAGAAGGACCCGAGCCUCCCAAAGCAGAAACCCAGGAGGGAGAACCCGCUACAAAAAAAGCACGGUCAAAUCCUCAGGUUUACAUGGACAUCAAGAUUGGAAACAAGCCAGCUGGCCGAAUCCAAAUGCUCCUACGUUCUGAUGUUGUUCCCAUGACAGCAGAGAAUUUCCGUUGCCUGUGCACCCAUGAAAAGGGCUUUGGCUUCAAGGGAAGCAGCUUCCACCGCAUCAUCCCCCAGUUCAUGUGCCAGGGCGGUGAUUUCACAAACCACAAUGGCACAGGAGGCAAGUCCAUCUAUGGAAAGAAGUUUGAUGAUGAAAACUUCAUUCUCAAACACACAGGACCAGGCCUUCUCUCCAUGGCCAAUUCUGGCCCAAACACCAAUGGCUCCCAGUUCUUCCUGACCUGUGAUAAGACAGAUUGGCUGGAUGGCAAGCAUGUGGUAUUCGGGGAGAUCACUGAAGGCCUGGAUGUCUUACGGCAGAUUGAGGCUCAGGGCAGCAAGGACGGGAAGCCGAAGCAGAAGGUGAUCAUUGCUGACUGCGGAGAGUACAUGUGACGCUGCGCUCGUCCGCACUCUGUACACAGGGACGGGGCUGCCAGGCCGCCGGGACCUAGACAGUGCGCUACCAGUGUGUCCUGGGCUGACUAGAGCCAUUUUAUUUGCUAAAAUAAACUAUUUUUUGUACUGUU